UCAACUUGGAGAGGAUAUUGGAAGAAUUCCCAUUCAUAAUGAAGAUAUUACUUAUGAUGAAUUAGUGCUAAUGAUGCAAUGAGUUUUCAGAGGAAAACUUCGAAGUAGUGAUGAAGUUACAAUAAAGUAUAAAGAUGAAGAUGGAGAUCUUAUUACAAUUUUUGAUAGUUCUGACCUUUCCUUUGCUAUUCGUGUCAUAGGAGACUGAAACUGACUUUAUUUGUUAAUGACCAACCAAGACCCCUUGAAUCAAGUCAGGUGGAUUAUCUCUGUCAAGAACUGAUAGAACUCCAAGGUGGAGCGCGCGGCGCGCGGCGCUCGGCCAUGUCUGCGGAGGGCGCCGGGCCGAGACUGGGGCUCUGGUUGGGGUCCAAGCCCGGCUCGCUCUGCCGCGAGCACGGCCAGGAUCUCAGCUGGUUCUGCGGCUCCGAGCGGCGCCCAGUGUGCGCCGCCUGCGCCGGGGUGGGCGGCCGCUGCCAGGGGCACCGCAUCUGCCGAGCGGAGGAGCGCGCCGAGGAGCUACGGAGCAUGGCCAGUUCAGCAAGGGAACUGGUUAUCCAGCGGUUGAGUCUGGUGAGGAGUCUGUGCGAGAGUGAGGAGCAGCGGUUACUGGAACAGGUGCAUGGCGAAGAGGAGCGGGCCCACCAGAGCAUCCUCACCCAGCGGGUACACUGGGCUGAGGCUCUGCAGAAGCUUGACACCAUCCACAACAGCCUGGUGGACAUGCUUACCCACCUGGAUGACCUCCAGUUGAUUCAGAAGGAGCAGGAGAUUUUCGAGAGGACCGAGGAAGCAGAGGGCAUUUUGGAUCCCCAGGAAUCAGAAAAAUUAAACUUUAACGAGAAGUGCACUUGGAGCCCACUACUGACCCAGCUCUGGGCGACAGCGGUUCUUGGGUCUCUCUCAGGCAUGGAGGAAGUCCGCAUUGAGGAGAAGACUGUCAGCCCCUCCCUGCAGUUGUCAGAGGAUCGAAGGACCCUGACCUUCAGUGCCAAGAAAUCCAAGGCUUUUGCAGAUGGCCCAGAGCGCUUUGACCACUGGCCCAAUGCCCUGGCUGCCACCUCCUUCCAGGAGGGGCUCCAUGCCUGGAUGGUGAAUGUUCAGAACAGUUGUGCCUAUAACGUGGGCGUGGCCUCAAGUCAGCUGCCCCGCAAGGGUUCGGGAAGUGACUGCCGCCUGGGCCAUAACGCCUACUCCUGGGUCUUCUCCCGCUAUGAUCAGGAGUUCCGCUUCUCGCACAACCCGCAGCACGAGCCCCUGGGUCUGCUGCAGUGCCCCGCGCAGCUGGGCGUGCUGCUGGACCUGCAGGCGCAGGAGCUGCUGUUCUUCGAGCCAGCCUCAGGCACCGUGCUCUACUCUCACCGCGCAUCCUUCCCUUGGCCCCUCUUCCCAGUCUUCGCUGUGGCCCACCAGACCAUUUCCAUCAUCCACUGACCUUUGGCCACAGGGAGGCCAGCUCUACCUCCCCACCACCUGCUCAGGCCAGGCCAUGUACCUACUGGAUGUCCUUUCCCCAGAAGAUGUUGGGGUUUGUAAGGAGAAG